ACAGAAACGAACAUUCAGAGCCUCUUACAGGAUUUGGGGUUGGAGCAGCACUACCCGAACAAACUCUCACUUAAGGAUGUGCUACAGAUUGACAUGAGGUCAGUGACAGAUGAGCCAGCCCAGUUUCUAUCAUCUUUACCAUGGCUGUUCCUGAAGAAACUGAUGAUGGUGAAUGUGACUGCAAGAAGUGUCAAAUAUUCAUGUAAUGAUGAAGAUUGGUCAAGCUUAGAUAUUUACAAUGAUACAUUCGAUUUUCUUAAUGAUCAGAACAGCAGUGUGAACCCUUUAGACAUAGUGACCGCACUCUUUCUUUGUUCAGAUGGUUUCCUCCAACAGGAAAUGGUUUCGAAAAUGUCAAUGUGUCAGUUCUCUGUUCCUUUGCUUCUUCCAAACUCUGAUACUCAACAGUGUAUGUUCAUGCUUUGGGCCAUGAGAGAUAUUGUGAAGAAAUUUAGACCUCAUUCCUUGUCAGAACAAAAAGGCUUUGUGGAGGAGAGAAUUGUUCACGCUAAGCUCCCCCUAGUGUCCUUUGUUAGACUUGGAAAUUGCAACAUUUCUAAAUCUCAGAUCUUAAACAAACUGCUCAGCAACCCCAAACAAUAUCAUGACACUUUUGUACAUCGUGACAUGGAUUGCGGAGACGUUCCAAGAAAGAUAUCAAAUGGGUUAGUGGAGAUGAGUUGGUAUCUACCUUGUGGAAACAAAAACAUUGAUGUUUUUCCUGAACCCGUGGCUUUUGCAAACUUGAGAGGCGACAUCAGUGCCUUUGAAACACAGUACUCCUUCUUAUGCCAGACCUCCACUGCAGUUUUUGUGUUCUUUGACAAUCUGGACACAAACUACAAGCUACUCACCAACCAACAUGCUAAUGCACAGUUUUUUUUAGUGGGCAACAGACAGAGCAAAGUAUUUAAUUUGGAGCAGCUGAAAAGGACAGCCUCUGAAAUGAGUUUGAAGAAAAACAACAUAAUUCUGAAGACCAAUCAAAACGAUGCAAAUUUUGUCAAAAAUCUGCAUUCUACAGUAAAUUACAUACUUAAUAAUCUCCCAAACAAAGCAUGCCUGGAGGGAAUGGACACCAUAGCACAUGAACUCGGAAUUCAAGUUGAUGAAGACAUCAAAGAAUGUCAGAAAGCAAAAAAGAAUGCACACUUCAUAACAGAAGAAAUACUGGACACAAUGCAGUUCAAACAGGAUCAGCUUCCCCUUCAGGGUAAAAUAUGGAAAGAUUUGGCAAAACUGGAGAAAGAGGAAUGCAGACUCCGGAAAGCUGGUGAUCAAAACAUAGAGACAUACAAGAGUCAUCUCCAGAUGAAAAAGACUGAACUCAGGAAACAGCAGAGUAAAUAUGAUAUCUCAGAGGCCAUGUCCUGCUUUGUUAGUGCACUAACUACCUCAGACCAGGAAAGGUCCUACUUCUUGAAGUGGAUGCGGAUGAACCUAGACAAUCUCUCCAAAAAAAACCUCUCUAGCCUCAGAGAAAAGUACAAAGAAAAGAGUCAACAAUUUUCAGAAAACAAAGAGGAGAUUGCACAACUUGACCAACAGAUCUCUAACAGUUCUUUAGGAAUAGAGCACUUCCUGCGUGAAAUGGGCCAACUCUAUGAAGCUGCGGUGUCGCUUCCAGAAAACUCAGAAUCACAUCAACAAAUGCUACACUUACCUCGGCUAUGUGCUCAGCUGAUGUUGGAUGGCUUCCCUCUUGAACUGGUUGAUGGAGAUGCAUCAAAUAUUCCUCUCAGAUGGGUGAGUGAUGUGCUUCAUUAUCUGAACUUUUUGGUGCAGCCCAAUAAUAAAAUCAUAGUGGUCACAGUUUUAGGCGUCCAGAGCACAGGGAAGUCCACCUUGCUGGACACCAUGUUUGGAGUUCAGUUUGCAGUCAGCAGUGGACGACGCACCAGAGGAGCUUUCAUGCAACUGAUCAGAGUCACAGAGGACAUCAGGAAAAAACUUGGCUGUGAUUGUUUAGUAGUAAUUGAUACUGAAGGCCUGAAAUCCCCAGAGCUGGCAAAACUAGAUGAUAGCCAUGAACAUGACAAUGAAUUAGCCACACUGGUUGUUGGAUUGAGUGAUAUCACAAUCAUCAACAUCGCAAUGGAGAAUUCCACAGAGAUGAAGGACGUUUUGCAGAUUGUGGUCCAUGCUUUUCUCAGAAUGAAGGAAAUAGGUAAAAAACCCAAGUGUCAGUUUGUCCACCAAAAUGUUGCAGAUGUAUCAGCCCAUGACAAGAACAUGAGAGACCGAAAGCUUCUUCUGGAGCAGCUGAAUGAGAUGACAGAGGCAGCAGCUAAAAUGGAGAACAAGGAGGACUAUAAAAUGUUUACUGAUGUUAUGGAGUAUGAUCCGGAGACUUGCAAUUGGUAUAUUCCUGGACUCUGGCAUGGAAAUCCUCCAAUGGCACCAGUGAAUGCUGGCUACUCCGAGGCUGUCUAUGACUUUAAAAAGAACAUGACUGACAUAAUUGGAAAAUGCUAACUCAAAACCCCUGUGAACAACAUUGCCGAUUUUUUGGAGUGGACAAAAAGCUUGUGGAAUGCAGUCAAAUAUGAAAAUUUCAUAUUUAGCUUCAGAAACAGCUUGGUGGCUGAUGCAUACAUGAGACUGUGCACAGAAUUUCAUAAAUGGGAAUGGUCUUUCAAGAAGCAUAUGCACUCUUGGUUAACAGGAGCUGAAACCAGAGUGUCAAAUUUUGAGAUACUCAAACUGAAAGCAGACAAAUCAGACUUGAAAGAUCUUUUAUUUGGGCUAAAACAAGAAGCUGUCACAAAGCUUGACUCAUUGGAAAAGACCACAAUGGAACAUCUGUCCAAAUACUUUGAACAAACAGAGGGUCAUGUCUGUCUUGUGGAAAAAUACAAACAAGACUUUGUGAACAGUGUGAAAUCUCUCAGAAGGGAAACUGAGAGCUCUCUGCUGACACAGCUUGAAGCGACAGUGGAAAUCAGGAGAGGAAUGACUAAUUUGGACCAUAUCAAGAAAACAUUCACUGACACAAUGGAGAAAAAAGUGUUGGGCCUACUGGAGGAGUUACGGAAAAACAACUACUCAAAUAGUGAUGCCUAUAUGACUGACAAUGAGCUUGACAGAUGUUUUGAACAUAUAUGGCAAGAAACUGUCAACGAGCUGUCAUUUAACGAACUGGAGAACAAAAAUAUAUCUGAUUGUGUUUUCAGCCAACUUCGAAGGAACCUGAAACAGAAGGGAAGUUCUGUUGCAGAGAAAUUAAUGAAAGUCAAUCUGAACAAUUAUGGCACAGGGGUGUUCAAAGUCACCAAAGAAAAUUUAUUAAAGAAGUUGUUCAAACGGAUCAUCAGUGACAACUUUGCAGUGAACCUACAGAAUUUGGCAGAUGAAAUGAUAGACACGUGCUCUCACGUAGUCCGGGAAAAGACAGAGGGACGUUUAGAUUACCAUGACACCUACAUUCAGGAAAUCAUAAACAUAAUUGAUGACAAACUGAUGUUCAACAAGAAUCUAGGAUUUUCAGAUGAAUUUGAACUAUCUCUCAAAUUGCACAUUUGUGGGUUUUCGGCAAAAGAAUUUCAACACAUGCAUGAUUGUUUCAUUAAGGAGAAUGACCCACGCAGAUGCCUUGGUCAGUAUAAAGAGAAAUAUCACAAUGAUUUCAAAGACCUAUUCCAUGAUCGCGAUCAGUGUCAGAGAAAGGCUGAAGAAUUCACUAAACUGUGCCUGAUUCCUGCAGUUGAGACAUUCAUCUACAGAUCCUUGGGUCCAGACAUCGUUGACAAAAUGAUUCAGGGUAAAAAUGCAUUUCAGUUCAGCACUCGUGGAUUUUUUCAGUACACACUCUUAAAGCAGCUGCUCAGAGAAGAUGCGUUUGAACAGUAUGUGAAGUACAUUUCCUCCUAUGAACGUGUUGUUAAGGGCUGGAUAUCAGAUCAAAUCACCAAACAGUUUUCAAAUGGACAUGAAGUGUCUGAGUUGGAGGAACGUCACCUUAGAGGGAUCACCAUGGGGAUACUAGAAGCUGUGAAAAUAAAAUGA